GUGGAAGUGUUGUAUUUUGCAGAAAGUGCUGAAAUAACAGGAGUUCGCUCAGAGACCAUUUCUGUGCCACAAGAAAUAAAAGCAUUGCAGCUGUGGAAUGAGAUAGAAACGCGCCAUCCUGGAUUGGCUGACGUCAGAAAUCAGGUGAUAUUUGCUGUUCGUCAAGAAUAUGUCGAGCUUGGAGAUCAGCUCCUCAUCCUUCAAUCAGGAGACGAAAUUGCCAUUAUCCCCCCCAUUAGUGGAGGAUAGUGCUUUUGAGCCACCUGGGAAAGAUAUAAAUGAAGUUGAAGAGAAAUCAAAAGAUAUAAUAAAAUUCACAUCUGAGCAACUUUCAGUAGAUGAAGUCUCACAGCUGGUGAUUUCUCCAUUCUGUGGUGCAAUAUCCCUAUUUGUAGGAACUACAAGGAAUAACUUCGAAGGGAAAAAAGUCAUUAGCUUAGAGUAUGAAGCAUAUCUACCAAUGGCAGAAAAUGAAGUCAGAAAACUUUGUAGUGACAUUAGACAGAAAUGGCCAGUCAAACACAUAGCAGUGUUCCAUCGGCUUGGCUUAGUUCCAGUGUCAGAAGCAAGCAUUAUCAUUGCUGUGUCCUCAGCCCAUAGGACUGCAUCCCUCGAAGCUGUGAGCUAUGCCAUUGAUACUUUAAAAGCCAAGGUGCCCAUAUGGAAAAAGGAAAUGUAUGAAGAAUCAUCAUCAUCUUGGAAAAGAAACAAAGAAUGCUUUUGGGCAACCGAUGAUUAAACCACUUAGGUUUUUAGAGUCUUAGAAUUUGAACUUGAGUUGUAUUUUAAUGUACGAAGCAUACCAGAUACGCUUACUGGUGGUGGUUCUGCAAUCAGCUGCCCUCAUGAUGUGCUUCACCAGAACUGAGAUGGGCCAAACUGAGGAAGGCACGUGGGAGUUCACCUGGUAGGAAUUGGAGGUGUUUGUGCAUAGGUGUGAAAGGCGACACGUACCCAGCAACCUUUGCACUGAUGUGCCAGCUAUAGAAUGAGGGCCAGUCUACGAGCCUGAUAUGUAUCUUGUUUUAUAAUUUCAGCACGUUCAUCUCAGCAUAUUUAAUCCUUCAGAUAUAAACCCUCUAGCUCACUAUUAAAAUUUUUUUAAAAACUA